AAAAAAAAUGAGUGGUCGUGUCAGGUGGUUGCAUAGGGCGAGUGUUUUUGAAGAAAUUAAUUGAUUUCGUCUAAUUAAAUUAAUGAGAAUCAUUGUGAUACCGACGCGAAUGUGAAGUGAGCCAUGUUAAGUUAUAUUGUGCACACUUUGCAUAAAGUGACUUUAAAAUAGGGGGUGUAACGCAAAACAAAAAUGGCUUCGGGAGAUACGGAUCACAUAGAAAUAAUGGAUAUAUCAGUAAUAAGGAAGUCUGAUAUAGGAACUGGGCCUUCAGGCUCAGAAGAUGAAGAUCGAGAUAGACUCUCAAUUAGUGAAAAGAAUGUGCCGUACGACCCCGCAGUCGGGCCCCUGGGCGCCAUGGGCAAAGUCCACAAGUCGGACCGCAAGAUCGGCCAUCGGCGGGUCGGUGAGGGCGGCGAGAUCACCUACAAGAAGAUCCAGUCCUCCCAGAUCAUGGGAUCCAUUCAACUGGGAAUCCAGCACGCGAUAGGAGGUCUCGCGUCGAAGCCGGAGCGCGACCUGCUCAUGCAGGACUUCAUGACGGUGGAGACGACUAACUUCCCGCACGAGGGCUCCAACCACACGCCCGCGCACCACUACAGCGAGUUCAAGUUCAAGACGUACGCGCCCAUCGCGUUCAGAUACUUCCGCGACCUGUUCGGCAUUCAGCCUGAUGAUUUCCUGAUGUCGAUGUGCAGUGCGCCGCUCCGUGAGCUGAGCAACCCUGGCGCGUCGGGCAGCAUAUUCUACCUGACGAACGACGACGAGUUCAUCAUCAAGACCGUGCAGCACAAGGAAGGCGAGUUCUUGCAGAAGCUGCUCCCCGGAUACUACUUGAACCUCGAUCAGAACCCCCGCACGUUACUACCAAAGUUUUUCGGCCUGUAUUGCUACCAAUGUAACAGUAAAAACGUGCGGCUUGUCGCCAUGAAUAACCUUCUACCUUCAUCGGUCAAACUUCACCAGAAAUAUGAUCUCAAAGGAUCCACAUAUAAGCGAAAGGCCAACAAAUCGGAAAGACAGAAACGAUCGCCCACGUACAAGGAUCUGGACUUCAUGGAACACCACACCGAGGGGAUAUUCCUGGAGGCGGAUACUUACACGGCGCUGAUAAAGACCAUGCAGAGAGACUGUCGGGUGCUUGAGAGUUUUAAGAUAAUGGACUAUUCUCUUCUGGUCGGUAUCCAUAACCUGGAUGAGGCGCAACGUGAAAAGAACGAGGAGAGGAAACGAACAGAAUCGGGCCAGAGCGACGAUGAAGACGGAGAGAAGAAGACUGGACUCAAUAGAACGCGAUCGGAACAGGCCAAGGAGGAUUUCAAGGCUCAAGUGAAACGGACACAGUCAAUAAACCGCCAACGAUUGGUGGCGCACUCCACGGCGAUGGAGAGCAUUCAGGCGGAGAGUGAGCCAAUUGAUGAAGAGGAAGAUGUGCCGCCCGGCGGUAUUCCAGCUAGGAACGCGCGCGGGGAGCGUCUGCUCCUAUUCCUCGGUAUCAUCGACAUCCUGCAGUCCUACCGGCUGAGGAAGAAACUGGAGCACACGUGGAAGAGCAUGAUACAUGACGGGGACACAGUGUCGGUGCACAGACCUAGCUUCUACGCGCAGAGGUUCCUCGACUUCAUGGGCAAGACCGUGUUCAAGAAGAUACCUUCGUUGGACCUUCCGGAGAUCAAAGGGAAUCACCGCAAAUUCCGCACAUUGGUCACCAGCUAUAUAGCAUUGAAACACUCUCCGUCGAAGAGGAAGAGCAUCGCCAAGCCGGGAAGGGCCCAGGAAGAAAUGGAUACAGCCGGUGCAGCUAGUUCGAGUGGAGUCACGGCCAAAGCAGUGUCGUUAUCUGAUGUCUCAGCGAUAAUAACUCCCACUUCAGUAACUACACCGGUGUCGACUUCUGCUAAAGUGACCCAAGUGGCUUCAAAAACGACGGUUUCGCCUGAAUCCGAUGUAGCAUUUCCAGCUGUUCUGAAAGGAUCUCAGAAACAGAGAGUACCUCCGCCAGUUCCGCCGCGAGGAUCGCCAAAUCCAAAGCGUGGAGGCCAUUUGCAGACCAGCGAAAUGAAAGCUGCCGCGCCCAUGUCCUGUUGCUCUACUCCGCCACCUCCGUUCGAGGAGACACAGCCAACGCGCACGAGCAGAACCAACUCCUCGUCGACGACAUCAUCAAGCGCUUCUGGCAGAAGACGCGGGGCAUCGAGUGCAGCCAGCGUAAUGACUACUUCGUCAGCUUCAUCGUUGGCACUCACUCCUGCAGCCUUGAGCAGUGCUAGGAGUCACGAAGCGAGUGUAUGUUGGACGCCACCAGCGUCUGUCGAAGGCUCUACUCCAACAUGGACAGAAGGCACGCCCAGUUUUACUGAGUCUAGCAGUAGUGAACAAGGUUAUCCUUUAACUCCAGGCCGCGGUCCUACGCCCAAUGAGGGGCGUAGAUCUCCCCGCCCCGCGCCUCCACCCCGCGUGACACCCAUCAACAGUCUGACCACCGAAGUGGUGCAAAUCAGUCAUUUGACCUCGGAAACCUCCAGAAUAAAAAUAUCCAGCUACGAAGUUCACCAAGUAUCAAAAGAAGAGUCUUUAAGCUAGUUAUUAUAAGCGUAUAUAUACAUGGCUAUUUACUCGCUGUUGAAUAUAAAACAUGCAUUAAAUUAACGCUUCUAACGUUUUUAAAUACGCUUUAAAGGGGCCUUCCCGGUCCUGUCUAUCGUCAGCGCGAACAUGGUCGAAAUGCAUGUCUUUUCAUCCAACGCUCCCCGCCUGUUGACGACAAGCAAGAGAAAGCGGUGACAUUGAAUAUUAAAAUAAUUAAACCGAAACGUGUUAUUAGAAAGAGUUGGAACUCAUUUCUUAUUUUCUCUUGUGGAUGAAUUUACCAAUGGGCGUGUGAGCGUAAUAGGAGCUGUGUUCACCUUUCUCCUAUAGCCUUAGUGAGCCUAUAUUGCCUUGUCAGUAUGACACGAGAUCUCGAAGAGAAAUAUGGUCUGAAAAGUAGGCAAAUGCGCUGUUUUUUUAUAAAAAAUAAAAGUGGAAAAUCAAAAAAUGAAUCUUUUCACAUUACCCACAAAACUGGUCGAUCGCGAUUCCAUUUAAUAUAGUUUCUCUAUGUUAUUAUCAAACGCGAAGUAAGGUUAUUCCAAAUUUAAAAGUUUUUGUCUGUACCUUACCUUUGUCACCACAAAAUUAACAGGGAGGAGUAAUUUUAAACUUGGGAGUAACUUUACAUUCAGUUUAUUGAUAAGAUAGCUUGGGUUUCGCGUUCUGUGGUUAAUUCGUCCAAGAGUUCUUUCUAUUCUAAAUCGUCUUUGGUCAAAACAAACACGUGCCGCUGCUAUAAACAAUAAAAUAAAAACUAGUUUGUUAUGCGUGAAGACUGUACUUCUGAAAAUAUUAUAUAUACAUAUUUAAAUUUGGCUUUUUAUAUUAGAUUUUACAGUUAUCUUCAAUGACUUUUUGUUGUACAAAACUAACCCGUAUUCUGUAGGUACCAAUGUUAUAUCAUUAUGUGCUCAAUCAGAGAAGCGUGCUAUUAUUAUAAAAAAAUAUCAACUAUAAAUGAAUUUUUAUCACAAAGUUGCUUGCUCUAUAUUUGCAAUCUCUAUGCUAUAUACGGCUUCCCAUGUUAAAGUUUUUCUAUCUAAAUAGAUAUCUCUUUUACUUUUCCGAGAAUAAUGUAUCUCGUUAUUUUAUUUUAUACACAAUUAUUUUAAUUAUGAUUAGGACUUAUUAGGGUGACCCACGAGAACAACUUGAAUUUUUCUGUUGCUCUUAGAAAUCUCCGACUUAUUAAUCGACAUUUUCAGCCUACUGACUAUUUCACAUUUGCUUUUGUGUAAAUCGAUUUUCGGAGCUAAACUGUUAAUGUGGCUAGACUACUCAUGGUGAAUAUUAAUUAUCAUAAAAGGACGCUCCUAUUUUUGUAUUAAAAAGUUUAUAAUAUUUAUUUGCCAUGUAGUGAAACGGGACUAAAUGAAGGUGUAUUCCAUGGCGAAUUUAACGGUUAACAUGAAUUAUUUUGUAUCUAUUAUGUCGUUGAAAGCGCAAUUGUUUUGAGUUUUUGUGUAAGCCUUAUUAAUUAGUUAAUUCCGCAAGAGUUGCUACGACGCGAGGAUACCCACCAAAUAUUAAACUACUCGUUUUGUACACAGUUAUUCAAUAUUAGGUAAUUAUAUCGCUAAAAUUGAUAAUGUGCUCUGAAAAAUUAUUCGGUGCUGGAAAACACCAUUCUAAACAGGUUUAUUUUAUUUUUUGGGAUAAAAAACAGUUCUCACAAUCCAUUUAUACAGUGAUUGCAAUUUACAGUGUUAAAUUAAUUUCUAGUGAAAACCCACACCAUCAACCCGUUGAUAACCACCGGUUGAUUUGUAUUGUCAAAAAAUUUUUAAAUAAAUUAAAUAUAGUAGUUAACUUUAAAAAGCAAAAAACGUAAAAUUGAAGGUAGAUUAAUAAUCGAAUAAAAAUUCUUUUGGUUACACUGCCUUGAUUUAGACCCCUGUUUUCAUUUCGUGACUCUAAACGUCAGAGACUACUAUAAACGCCAAAUCUUUUUUACUAUUUAUUCUAGAAUAUUAUCAUGUUAUCAAUUUUGUAUUCAUGUAUAAUUUUGUAAUACUUAUAUUAAUUAUAAUUUUGUAGUUUUCUACAUAACAUUAAGUAUAAUAAAUAUUAAUAAUUGUUAACUGUUAAAGCCGAGUCAAUAGAGAAAUUAUAGUAUUACUUGUCAGAACUAUACAAGGUACCAGAAACUCGUUACACACUAAACUUAUCUUAUUUUAUCUCUUAACUUAUGUGACUAAAAAACUCAAAAACAGGGUUUACUUUACAAUUUCCUCCAUAAAUGAAUGAACCAAUCAAUCGUUACAAAAUUUUGGAAACUGAUAUUAUAGAAUAUUUCUUAUAUUCUCUCAGACUAUUCAUGGUUUAUGGACUUGCAUCCCGUGCCAGUAAAUAAAUUAAAAAAAAACAGACUUUGACAGAUAUUGAUUUCUUUAAAGUUUAUACUGAGCUUCGGUUUGCGGUCUAUAUGGAUCAUACAGACCAUUUCUAAGCCAGUGCUUGAGUUGAAGUACUCUUGCACUAACAAAAUGCUCAAAUUGUCGCUCAGUUACCGAACGGCCCUAGCAUAAUAUUUAUACCUGUGAGGAUUAUUCUCAAAUGUUCUCGAAUAGAUAAUAGUAACAAGAAAGGUUAUAGGUACAGGUUUUUUUAUACACAUCUUGCUAACAAAACCAGCUAGGGUUGUUAAGUUCGAAUUGUCGCCAAAAUUCGACUAUCGACGUGACCUUCGUUACAAUACUUACGAUCACCAAAGGAAAAAUUAAGGAUUAAUAAUGCGGGUGCAAUUUGUAGUUCUAGAAGUGGAAUCGCGCUUUCCCCGAGAGCUUUAUACUAUAUCUAAGAGAAAUGACAAAAUGUAUUAUUUUAAUGAUAGCAAAUUAAAUGCAGAAAGCUAUUUCACUGCCAUUUAAAAAGAGAUUGAGUCUAACACAUACUUUGUAUGUAAAUUUUAUCAAGCAUAACGGUUUAGACACGGACGAUACAUGAAAAGUUGAUAUUUGAUGAUCCUAUACGAAGAAAACACUAAAAAUGACAUUAAUAUGGAUAUAAAUUGACUACUUAGUAAAUCAUAACCGAAAGUAAAUUAAAUGAAAAAAGCAUGGUCACCGCGCAGACGCAUGAUGUCGCGGGACGCGAAAGUAGGGAGGGGGACACACGCACCUGUUGGCGCAUGCGCUUAAUGAAAAGUUGCGAUGAUGUAUCCACACUUCAUUUAUUCAUAGCAUAAUUCGACCUAUCUUUAGUGUCUCACCAGUUAUAUUUUAUAUAGUGUUGUAACGUGGCGCGUUAGGGAAAAAUUAUGUAAGUGAUUUUUACGAUGCGUGCGCUCACCGUCUCGCAAAUGUUAGCUAGUCAAAUAGACCAUUUGUAUCAUACUUCAGCUACCAAGCCUCUUGUAACGUAUAUGUCUACUGAACCACAACCAAUGAACGAGAAUUAAAUAAGUUUCAAUAUGUAUAUUGAAACUUUCAAUUUAUACACAAUUAUUAAAAUAAAAUAAAAAAAAUCUCUCUAAUUGUAUAAAAAUAAUUUAAUGAUUUUUAAUUAUAUAGUUUAACUCAAUUAUGUAGUAUAAUAAUAUUUUCAUUCGUUGUAUUUAAUACCUUAUUCAUUACAAUUUUUUUUUCUACAAACGUAAAAUAGCACGAGGAAUAAAUUUUGUUAAGGAUUUUUCUUAUAUUACGCCAAGGAAGAAACUUCUUAUAACAUAGUAGACACACACAUUUUUCUGCACGCAGUUGAUUUUUUCGAAAGGAAGAAAAACCAUAAAUUAAUAAUCAAGGCUUUGACGGUAGGGCCCUUAUGUCGGACGUAGAUAAAAUUCCACUACUGAAUAAAAACUUAGCUCAUUUAUACGUCUAGAUAGACUAUGACAGCUGUAGAAAAGUCGGAAAAAUUGAGGUUGACUGUUAACCUCUAUUUUCAGCAAUGCACGCACACUAACACAAAGUGUCAUACAAACCGUGCAUAGGUACAAAGGUCACAGUCACGCAGUACUACCUCUAAGAAGAAUUAUAAUAAAUAUAACGCUAUUCUUGUUUUUUUUUCUAUUGACUCGGCUAAUGAUUAUAUACUUUCAUAUUAUUCAGUACCCAACGAAGCAUAAUACACAAUAUUAGUAAUUAAUUUCGGUUAUUUAUUUUAAUAAUUCUAUUGCAUUUUACGGAAAUAUGUUUUUAUGAUUGACCCAACGUGAAUAAAUCUUUUUUAUUUUUACUGUAUAAUCAAAAAUCUGAAUCAAUCUGUGAUUUUAAUUUACUUAGUUUUUAUUAGGUUUUAUUUAACUUAGUUUUUAUUACUUAGAUAAUUUUAAUGUUAUUAUAAGAUCUCUUUAGAAAAAUCUCUCCUUUCCCUUUUAAUCAAAGUUAUACAGUAACUUAGACCCACUACAUCGAGUUUUUCUUAGGAUUUUUGAACCAUUAAGUAUUUUAUUUUUGUAAAACGUGAGAUGUCUCAAAAUUAAAUAAAUUGGUCAGUUUUAUUGCAAGGUAAUAGGUUAUAUUAAUUGUUGCCUCUCAAUUUACUCUUAUAAUGUAUGUAAAUGUGUAAAUAGGCACCUUUGCGAAUUUUAUAGAGACUUACGGCCGUUCCCAAUAUACUAUCUACAGAUAGAGAUAAAUUACUACCUUCUACUGUCAGCAAGUAGCUAUCAAUAAUCUGAAGCUGUCCCAAUAUACCCGAUAAGUAAUUUUUAUCGCCUUAUAUUAGGACGCGUGAAUUGCAAUUUCCAUACAAACUUCUAUCGCUGGUAAGCUAUACGUCGUCCCAUUGACAGACAGCGUGUACGGAUAAUCAUAUAGGGACAAAUAAAUAAAAAGAUCGGUAAUUAUAUAGGGACAGAAAAGACAACGAUAGUUAGGAUUUUUUAUCUCAAGUAGGCCACAACCGGAGGUAGACUGAAUAUUGGGAAUGGCCAUUAGACAAUUUUUACGUCUAGAUCGACAGAGGUAAACACGGCGAGAAAAAUAGUGGUGAAAUGUUAGCCUUUAUUUUCAGCAACGCACACUAAACAAAAAUACUGACGUAUCGCGAAUGUAAGACGCAGCUCUCAUGCAUGCUUAAGUAAUACCUGGCAUGUUGUCAUGCAUUGCCUAAAAGCUAGAGAGCUUCCCCACCAUCUGGAUGUGUGACUUUCACUCACAGUACGGAUUUCAUGGAACAUUCUUCCACGUACAACCAAGGUGUGAAAUGAGCUUACUUCCGAGGUGUUUCCGGGACGAUACGCCAUGGUUACCUUCAAAAAAGCGCGUACACCUUUCUAAAACGUCGGCAACGCUCCUGUGCUUCCUCUGGUGUUUCAAGCGAAUGUGGGCGGUGGUGAUCACUUAACAUCAGGUGACCUGUACGCUCGUUUAUCCUCCAAUUACAUAAAAAAACUAUUUUGAAAAUAUUGCAUACGUCAUGGCGCAUUGUCGUCUUUGUUGGUUGUAUGUCUCCCAACUUUUAACCGGCUCUAGAAAAAUAAUUGUUAUCUUAUGUAUAAUUUAUGUGUAAAAUGUAUUUAUCUUGUUAUCUCCUAUUACUGUGUAUGGUUCGUACUUAUAUUAUUAUAUAUAUGAGAAUAAAUGUGUAUUGGAAUUCA